AUGAAUUCGUGUCUCAUUUUACUCUUUCUCGGUUCUGUGAUCCUUGCUGAUGCAAACUUGCAUCCAACUGAGCCUUCCGCUGAUUGGAGAGAGCAAAUGAUGGCUUCAACAAAGCCAUCCUUGCCGGACUGGAUUAUGAACAAGCUCCCAGGACAAAAGUCCCGUCUUCCGACAGGCUACUUUAAUACGGACGAUCAAAUGCGCCGUAACGAACUAGCUUAUCUUGAGAAGAUGGACCGUGAGCGCGGAAACAGCAGAGCACAGAAAAAUGAAGCUGAUGAGAUUAACAUGGAGAAACGCCGCAAUCUUCUCGUCGGACGUUAUGGUUUCCGCAUCGGAAAGAGAUCCGAUGAUGAGAAUCUCAAUGAGGAUGACUACCGCGAGCUUCUCUCCGAGACUGAACAACAACCGGAGCAUCGUAACUUUGUCCAAUAA